AUGAAUUCCGUUCCAAGAAAGAGUACUUUAUUAGGUUGGGCAUCUAAACGGCCUAAGACCGAUACAAGUCCAUUGGAACUUUCCGAUGUACGUAUUAGUGAAACCUGUCGGCCGCAGACCGUAUCUUGUGCCAAUGGACCUUUGUCUAUUUCACCAGCAAGUUUACCAUUGAAUUCGGAAAGGGUAGAUUCCCAAAUAACAAGUCCUGAGAUGGUAAGUUCAGAAGUAAGCACUGAGGUAAGUCUUUUGUCCAGCCAGAUAGCAGAACAAUCACUAUCAAUGAUGGCUAGUGAAGACUCGGCUGAGGAGGAGAGUAAGUUUUCCUUCUUAGCUACGCUGCGAGAUAAAUUUGGCAAUUCAAUUGAUAGCCGAGAAUAUGAUAAGACAAGCCUGUUUAUUCCUGAACCCGAGUUUGCCAAGAUGACCAAUUGUGAGGAACAAUUCUGGCGUAUCAAAAAGGACUAUUUUGAUGCGAUCGUGUUUUUCAAAAAGGGCAAGUUCUAUGAGUUAUUUGAAAGUGAUGCUGUGCUAUCAGCAGAUGUAUUUGGACUCAAACUCACGAAAAGAGGGGCAAUGAAAAUGACCGGAGUCCCGGAAAUGUCGCUAGAGUAUUGGACAAGUCGGUUUGUUGAGCGAGGGUAUAAAGUUGCAAUCGUUGACCAGAAAGAGAGUGCAGUAGCCCAAAACAUGCGGAUUAAGCAAGGUGAGGCCAAAAAGAGUGUGAUUGAGCGUGAGCUAAAAGAAGUCGUGACUGAAGUAACUAACAGCCAGGAAGGUCUGGGAAUAUGUUCUCUUUCUGUUCAGAAAACAGGAGAUAGCGAUAAGAUAAUGGUCUCACUGGCGAUUUUCCGGCCGAUGGAAUCAGAGUUCUUUGUUCAGACCUUGGAAGAUACAAGUGAAAUGUUCCAGACUCAAGGUAUUCUGAAGAAAGAGAAUAUCAAGGAAGUAAUUGUCGAUGCACCUUUGCCACUCCGCGAGAGACAGACAAGGAUAAGACAAGAUCGCUGGGCAGAGUGUCCAGAAGCUGCAAUCAAAACAAUGGGCGGACAGAACUUAGCAAGCGACGAGAAAGAGGUUUUAGAAAAUCUAGUAGCCUAUUUGCAAUAUCUGAAAUACCAGUUUACCCCGCAGCUAGUGAAACCAACUGAAAGAAACCAAAAAUCUAUGUACAUUGAUGGCCGAACCAUCGAAACACUUGCUCUAGUUGAUGACCCGCAUGGGAAUAGUAAAGAGCGCGUGUCGGUCUUUUCGCAAAUAGAUAGAACACGGACUAGGCUAGGCAAAAGACUUCUCAGAGAAUGGUUGCUUCAACCGCUCUACACCAUCCAAGAAAUAGACAAAAGAUACAACACAACCGAGCGACUAGAAGCAUUGCCGAAUAGGGCCGAAUUAGAACACUUUCUUCAAAAGAUCCACGAUAUCAACGACUUUGUCAAAAAGGGUAAAAACCAGAAGAUCAGACCAGAGGAGAUACGAAAGUUUGCCGAGUCUUUUGCCUCCAUCAAGAAGAUCCAUUGCCUACUCUCUGAAGUAUGCGGCCCAGAAGACAGCAUACGCGAGACACUCUUACCGGACAUUCUAAAGAAGAUUAAGGACUUUGCUAUUGGCCUGGGUGUGCUGGAUGGGUUUGAUAUUGCUGAGACUAUCUCCCUUCUCAAAACAGACAAAAGGCUACUUGAAGCCCAAGCCCAUCAGCAGAGGGUCGCCACCGCCAUUACAGCAUAUGCUCGAACUGAAUCUACAGCCCAGGGAGUCGGUUUUGUAGCCAAGAGACUAGGCCGGGACUACUUUUUGGAAACGGCAGCCAAGAAGUCCCUGCCACCCCACUUUGCUCUGGUUGGGAGUACUAAGAACGCGGCCCGCUACACCACACCCAGUCUGAAAAGGCUCUCUGAAGAGUUUCUAGAAACAGAAGAGCACAUCAAUAGUUUAGGCCAGGACUGUAUCCUUGAAAUCUCCUCUAGAAUUGCGGAGCAUGAAGAUCAACUACGAGUAAUUGCACAAGGCAUUGCAGAGCUUGACUGUCUUCUCUCCUUUGCGGAAAUAGCCGGAGCCAGGGCUGAAUAUGCCGACACCCUCGAUAUAUCGGGUCUGACUAAUAUCAAGAAAACCCACGUACCUAAUGCCAUUGUAGUGGACAGCAGCAAUCCGUUGCUUGUUCUUACGGGACCUAAUAUGGCAGGCAAAUCAACCUUUUUGCGCAAUAUUUCAGUGGCUGUUAUUCUAAGACAGAUGGGAAUGCGGGUUCCAGCAACUGCAUUUUCAGGGCCUAUCUAUGACCGAAUCUUCACUAGAAUAGGCGCCGGGGACAAUUUGAUUGAUGGGGAGUCGACUUUUCAAGUGGAGAUGAAAGAAACGGCCAAUAUCCUCAGACAAGCUACCGCAAACUCUUUUGUGAUCAUUGAUGAGCUUGGAAGAGGCACCUCUACUAAAGAAGGCUCGGCUAUCUCUUUUGCAGUUAAAGAAUAUCUCAAAACAAUCAAGUGUACCUCACUUUAUGCCACGCAUUUCUUCAAUGCGAUUCAUCCGCGUGACCGAGUUGUCAAAAUGGACUAUACGCUGGCCAAGGGUAAAGAAGGGUCGCAAGAAAUGCUGUACCUCUACAAGCUGGUGGACGGUCUUUGUGAUGAUUCGUGCGGUAUCAACAUAUGUACUAUGGCCAAAGUUCCCAAGUCCGUCAUUGAAAGAGCUAUUCACAUCAAAAAAGCUCGUGCGGCGGUAAGAUAG